AUGGCAAAUGGCAUUGAAUUGAUGGUGGCUGCGGCUCUAUGCAUUGGCUGUCCACCAAUGCAAAAUGAAACAUUACCCACGAAUCUUGUGCAAUUGAAUGAUGAUGGAAAUAUGAUUACCGAAAUUCCACUAGUUGUUGGCGGUGUUGGUCUCGACCAGGAUGCUCCUGUAGAAACUCUGGAGGUUAUAUUGAGAAAGAAACGCAAGUUGAGUGACAUGAGGGAUUGGAUUAAUGGCAAACAUUUGCGUAUUGCCACAUUGGAGGAUUAUCCAUUGAGUUAUACCGAACUGCUUGAUAAUGGCACACGUAUCGGCCAUGGAGUUUCAUUUCAGAUCAUUGAUUUUUUGCGAAAGAAAUUUAAUUUCACCUAUGAGGUAUUUGUCCCCCAGGAUAAUAUCAUUGGUUCACCCACAGAUUAUGAUCGUAGUCUUAUAGAGAUGGUUAACAAUAGUCAAGUUGACUUGGCAGCUGCUUUUAUACCUUCACUCUCGGAACAGCGAUCUUUUGUGUAUUAUUCUGCUACCACAUUGGAUGAGGGUGAAUGGAUAAUGGUCAUGCAACGUCCAAGGGAAUCGGCUAGUGGGUCUGGUCUAUUGGCACCAUUUGAUUUCUGGGUUUGGAUAUUGAUAUUUGUCUCAUUGCUGGUUGUUGGACCCAUAAUAUAUGUUCUGAUCAUUAUACGCAAUCGUUUGACUGGCGAUAAAGAACAACAUCCAUAUUCAUUGGGACAUUGUGCCUGGUUUGUCUACGGUGCUCUCAUGAAACAGGGUAGCACUUUGUCACCCAUUGCAGACUCGACACGAUUGCUCUUUGCCACUUGGUGGAUAUUCAUAACGAUUUUAACCUCCUUCUAUACUGCAAAUUUGACUGCGUUUCUAACGCUCUCGAAAUUCACAUUACCCUAUAAUACGGUAAACGAUAUUUUGGUCAAGAAUAAACAUUUUGUGUCUAUACGUGGAGGAGGCGUUGAAUAUGCCAUAAGAACGACAAACGAAUCGCUAUCCAUACUGAGCCGCAUGAUAAACAAUAACUAUGCAGUUUUCUCGGAUGCCAGCAAUGAUACAUACAAUUUGCAGAAUUAUGUGGAACGAAAUGGUUAUGUCUUUGUACGUGACCGUCCGGCAAUCAAUAUAAUGCUCUAUCAGGACUACUUGUAUCGCAAAACGAUAAGUUAUAAUAAUGAAAAGGUUCAUUGUCCAUUUGCUAUGGCCAAGGAGCCGUUCUUGAAAAAGAAACGUUCAUUUGCCUAUCCCAUUGGUUCAAAUCUAAGCGUACUUUUCGAUCCAGAACUUUUGAAUCUAGUCGAAUCGGGCAUUGUGAAACAUUUGUCGGCCAAAGAUUUGCCCAGUGCUGAGAUUUGUCCUCAGGAUUUGGGCGGCACCGAGCGACAAUUGCGUAAUGGCGAUCUAAUGAUGACAUAUUACAUUAUGUUGGCUGGUUUUGCCACGUCUUUGGCUGUAUUUACCACCGAAUUGUUAUGCCGUUUUAUCAAUAGUCGCCAGGAGGCAAAUGCCAAUAAAUGGGCAACUCAUGGCAUUGGACGAGCACCGAAUGGCCAGUCAAUAAAGCCAUCUUCACGCUGGUUUCGCAGCUUUCGUCGCUUGGAUGGCAGCAGUGGCAGUGGCAAUAAACAGCUAUUGGGCAACUCCACACAUGGCCAGAAUGUUACCCCACCGCCGCCAUAUCAGAGUAUCUUUAAAGGAAGCGAUAAUGCACACCGCUGGCGACAUGCGGUUGGCCAAAUGGGACACGGCGGUCAUGGUGUUUUAUUAGGAGGUGCUGAUCCGAAUGGAGUCGGCGGUGGCGGUGCCAUGGGCGGUGGAGUGCGUCGCUUUAUCAAUGGUCGUGAUUAUAUGGUCUUUCGCAAUCCCAAUGGUCAAAGCCAAUUGAUUCCCGUACGAUCACCAUCAGCUGCUCUUUUUCAGUACACUUAUACGGAAUAGAUGAUUGGAAUGUUGUAGUGUUUUUUUUUUAAUUCUGAUUGUUCUUAGUUAAAUGUAAUUCACACUGAAAUGCUCACCAUAACGUAGACGUAGACAAUUGAUCUGUUGGGUCCUAGUUCUCUCUCUUUAUCGUUUUUUUUUAUAUACAUACAUAUAUUAAACAAAGUACACU